AUGGGUCUGGAGCUGAUCCAAAGGCAGCUGUUGGAAAAGAAGGCUCCCAUCAAGCCUGCCAUGGUGUCCAGACUGCCUAUGUUCGGGGUCCGACCAGCCACAGGGGUCACCAGCCCCCUGCCCAAUGGAACCACCCAGCCCACCCCUCCACCCCAAGAUGGCAAGACCACCCCCCCAGCAAGACCCAGUUGGGUGGUCGGUACCUCUUCCUUCUCUCUAAAAUGGAGAAAAGACGGUGGUAGUACUCCCACCACCACCACUAACCCUGAAGAUGGUGCAUGUCCAGAGGAGCGAGGGGACAAGACCCAGACUCAGCGCUCCACAGGGGGGAGGGAGAUCAAGAAACCCUCGCCGUCCACCCCUAAGGGGGUCAGGAGGUCUGGUUUGUCUGUGUCCUCUACUUCUACCCCCAAGGCCAUCCCCCGCCAGCCCACAAAGACAAGCCCCAAGGCAGGGCCCAGACAGGGGCAGAGCACCUCCCUCUGUGGGGGCCCCAAACCAGGCCAGAAUGGAGCUACUGCUGGCUCAAGAUGGUCAGGCUCAGGCCUGGUGAGGCCCCGGGCCAGCUCCAGCUUCCCUCGCAGCAGCUCUAGAGACAGCCUCUGCCAAUCCAGUGACAGCCUUAAGUCCAUCGUGCAGGACAGCAUGGUGCGCUCACAAAGUUUCACCCACUUCAAGCAGAUCCCAUCCCCGACCAACCUGCCUAUGGCAUCCUCCUUUUCCUUUAAUCGGACAGUGGAGCUGGCCAAGCCUCUGGCCAACACUCAGCUACAACCACCCAGGACAAACCACAUCAAACCCCCCCAGAUGUCGAACGGAAGGCUGGGCCUGGGGAUGGGCCUCGGCCUGGGGAUGGCGCUGGGGCUGGGACUGGGGAUGGGGAUGGGGAUGGGGGAGCUUCAGUAUCCUAGGAGACCCUCUUCAGCCUGCUCCCCCUCCACAACCCCUAGUGCCCUGAAAAAGCCUCUCCUCCCCAACUGUGUUCUUAACAAGCCCUCUGCUCUGGGCUAUAGACUGACACGGUCUGGCCAGGCCAAGCAGCAGAAACCCCUGUUUACAGGGAGGGUGACAGGGGAGGUCAGGUCUGGAGGGGUGGGGGGUGGGGAUAGGGCAGAGUCAACCCCCCUCACCCUCACCCCAGAUCCCCUCAGUGACAGUGACAGGACCUCAGGGGGGCAGCUCAGGGGGACAGGGGAGGGGCUAGAAGACAUGUCUCUCUCCUCAGCCUCAUCUCUCUCUCGAGGAGACACCAGCGAGGAGUUCUUGGAUGACUUUGAUAACCUGACUGAUGGGGACGGGGAUGUACCUGACAACAGGAAGAGAGGUAGUACUGCCACUCAGAUCCGCCUGCGUAGCUUCCUGAAUGAGACCAUGGACUGGGCUGUGAUGGGCCUCUCAGGGCAGAAGGAAGAAGUGGGGGUGAGGGCAUCCCUUGGCAUCAAGUCCCCAGAGAGGGGAGACUUCCUCCAGAGCAGCUCAUCUCUGGAGCUGUCCCUCUCCAACAGCUCAGAGGGCACCUACAUGUGGGACGAGGAGGAUCUGGAUCCCCUAGGACGGAGCAUGCACCCAUGUGAGCGCUACGACGACUCAGACCACCUCAACAGCAUAGACAUUCUGAACAACCUGGACAACCUGGAGCCAGCUGACCUAGAGGAUGACGACCUCAUGCUGGAUGUGGACCUCCCUGAGGAAGGCUCUCUACACAACGACGCUAACGGGAUGUCCCAUUUUGAACGCUCAGAGAGGGGGGGACGACAAGGUCACUGGAGGAGAAGGCAGCAUCACUGGAAUGGACCGGACCACUUCCACAAUGACAACAGGAGUCCAGUGUUCCAGCAGGAUGAUGGUUAUGCUUGUCCUGUGGGGUUCAGAGUAGGCCCCUGGCCUUUUCCUCCUGUAGGGAGACACACUGGCCACACGGGGGCGCUGGAUGAGCUAACACUCAAACACAUGGCCCAGGACUGCAGCUCUGUGAAAAACCAGCUGCUUACACUCAAGAGUUUAUUACAGGAUGGUGAAGAAGAUAACAGCAUCACCCUGCAGUUGGAGGAGCUAAUGAAGGAGGUGCAGGAGCUCAGGGAGGAGCUGAGGAAUAAGGAGAGGACAAUCACUCAGCUCACACUACAGCAACAGCAGCUACAGCAACAGGGGCCUGCCCAUGCUGCCAAGCCAGGGAGGUGUCACUGCCACCAGAGGGCACCGUCACUCGGGGGGGACAGACGUACGCACCACGACAAGGCCACACAGACCUCCUGGAGAGGACAAGGACACAGCCAAGCCGGUUUGCUGCCCGCCCCCUUCCUCUCCCCCUGGCAGAGCCAGUACCAGGGGCCGCCCCGCACCAGCAUGCCCCAGCGCAGACAGACCUCAAAUACAGCCUUCCAGCCCCAGCCACCACGGGCACCUCACCCAGGAAAGACUAGUAAAAACAGCCCUCACAGAGGGCCACAGUGACCACCAGAGAGGGAGGAGGACCAGGGGAGAUGGGUUCCCCUGCACAGACUCUGACCCCCCUGCUGGAAGCCCGGCCAUGGGUGU